CGGGCACAGGGCGCGCUGAACAGGGAGCCCGGCGCUCCCGGCCCCGCCGCCGUCACUAUGCCCGGCAAGUCCCGCUACAACCUGGUGGAUGACAGGCACGACCUGCGCGUGCCGCUGCACAAUGAAGACGCCUUCCAACACGGAAUCUGCUUCGAGGCCAAGUACAUUGGAAGCCUUGAUGUGCCUCGGCCAAACAGCAGGGUGGAGAUUGUGACCGCAAUGCGGAGAAUCAGGUAUGAGUUUAAAGCAAAGAACAUCAAGAAGAAGAAAGUGAGUCUCCUGGUGUCAGUGGACGGGGUGAAGGUACUGCUGAAGAAGAAGAAGAAGAAAAGAGAGUGGACCUGGGACGAGAGCAAAAUGCUGGUGAUGCAGGAUCCCAUCUACAGGAUAUUCUAUGUGUCCCACGACUCCCAGGACCUGAAGAUCUUCAGCUACAUCGCCAGAGACGGCUCCAGCAACGUCUUCAGGUGUAACGUCUUCAAGUCCAAGAAGAAGAGCCAGGCCAUGCGCAUCGUCCGCACCGUGGGGCAGGCCUUCGAGGUCUGCCACAAGCUGAGCCUGCAGCACACCCAGCAGGACGCGGACGGGCAGGAGGAUGGUGACAGCGAGGACAUGGGUGGCCCAGCCUGUCACCCAGCCAGAGCUGAGAAGGCAGCUGUCCCCGCAGAGGAGACCGAUAUCGACGCAGUGGAGAUCCCUCCACCAGGGAGCAGCACCCUGGAGUUCAGCCGGGGGGUGACAGACCUCGACGCCGUGGGGAAGGACUUGGGGCACUCUCCGGACACCAAGGACUCCCUCCACUCUGAGAGUAUCCUGACUGCAUCGCCCAAGCUGCUGCUCCCCUCCUCCUCCCAGCUGCCAGACCUGGGGACCCCUCUCUCCGCUCAUCACCAAAUGCAGUUUCUCCGGCAGCUUCUGCAGCAACAGACGCAACAGACACAAGUGGCCAUGGCCCAGGUUCACUUGCUGAAGGACCAGCUGGCUGCAGAGGCAGCAGCUCGGCUGGAGGCCCAGGCGCGCGUGCACCAGCUCCUGCUGCAGAACAAGGACAUGCUCCAGCACAUCUCGCUGCUGGUCAGGCAGGUGCAGGAGCUGGAGCUGAAGCUGUCAGGAAGCAAUACCAUAGGCUCCCAGGACAGUCUGCUGGAGAUCACCUACCGCUGCAAUGCCCUGCCGGUGCUGUGCGACCCCACCACCCCGAAGCCUGAGGACCUUCACCUGCCGCUGCUGGGCCCUGGCCCUGACUCCACCCAUGCCCUGGGCAGCCCCAUAGGUAGGAGUGACUGCUUGGUGAAGCUGGAGUACUUCCGCUUCCCCCCAGGCGCUGCGUCACCGUCAGAGCCACUCCUGGGCAGCCUGGAGCUCAUCAAGUUCCGUGAGUCGGGCAUUGCCUCGGAGUACGAGUCCAACACGGACGAGAGCGAGGAGCGUGACUCGUGGGCCCAGGAGGAGCCACCGCGUCUGCUCAACGUGCGGCACACACAGGGCCUGGGGGACAGCCUGGACGAUGAGAUCGCUGUGUAGGAGGGUGGCUGUCUCUAGACCGAGACAAGGAGGAGAUAGUCCUGGGGAAGGAAGCAGCUGCUGGAGGCCAGGGCUCAGUUCAGUGCUUUAGGCCUGGGUAGGCAGUAAAAGCUCCUUCUCUGCCCCUGUGGCAGGACAAAGUCAGGGCUGCGCUUCCUGCAGCCCACACCAUCCCAACAGGCUCUCAGAGCUGUAAGUGCAUGUCCUGGCCUUGCUGUGAGAGAGAGAGGAGAUUGAGUGAGCACCCACCCAGCACAGCCACAGAGCACACAGGAGCAGGCACAGGCACAUACCCUCCUACGAUGUGCAGUCACGUCCGCAGGUCCCUCACCGCGCUGCCCCAAGGCUCUGCCAGCCUGGUGUGCCAGCUUCUGCUCUGACCAGACUCCAUAGGCUAUGGCCAGCGAUGUGUGGCUGUACAUCCAUGGCACAGCUUUGUCCUCUGUAAUGGAACUGGGGAUAUUUUCAUUAGCCAUAAAAUCUAUAACCCUUUUCUGAAUCCUACCAAGCUCUUGGACCCAUAACAUCCUGUAGCAAGGAGUUCCACAGGCUCAUUGUCCAUUCUGGGUAAAAAUGAAGAAUUUCCCUUGAUCAGCAUUAGAUUUGUUGCCUUUUAUCAUCAGCGUACCUCCCCUGGUUCUCACUGAGACAGAGCUCCCACCCGCUUUCUUAUCCCAUUCAGUCUUUGACAUGGCCCUGUCAUGUCCCCUCCUAUUCAUCCCAUCUCCAAACAGAGCAGAGUCAGGGGGAAUGGUCACAGGAGCUCAGCGUACGGGUAACUCUGCUCCCAGUGGAGUCGAGCUAUAGAUUUCAGUGAGAGACCACCCAGUCCUUGAAACUCCCUGUCCUCAGAUGGAGCCUCUCGGCAUUGUGGGCACUUGCCUCUGAGCCUCCUUCGAUUCCUGGGGAACCAGACCUGACCUUACUGUUGCAGGUCAGGGAAUGCCCCAUAUCUGUAUAACAGAUCCUAGCUCUCUGAACUCCCCACACGGCCGGUGGCAAUGGAGCAUCUCCCAGCCGGCACUGUAUUCAUGCCCACACACCCCUGGGAGGCCAGGCAGGGCUAUUGCCUGCUGGACAGAUGGGCACUGAGGCACAGAGCUCAAGUCUGUGCAGCACAGGGAAUUGAACCCAAGUCUCCCAGGCAGGUGCCAGCCUUGCUCUCCAUGGCACCGGUUUUGGAGUUGGUCUCCAUCCCAGUCUUGUGCAGCUGUUCUGCACGCUGCUGAGUGACGAGCUGGCACACUCGCUGUUCCAGUCAUGCCCGGGUCGAACCUGAGCCAUUCAGAUCCAUUUCAGCCCCCCGGUGUGAAGGAAUCACAGAUCAGGCAUUACCAUGCUCUUGUCGAGACACUUUCCCCUGCAGUCACUCCAGCCAUUCUCCUCACUCAGCUUGCUGGCCUUCCUAGUCUUGACUAACCUCAGUAUUGUGUCAUCUGCCAGCACACUCUUUCCUUGUCCCCAGCUCCCUAGGGGUGUGCAGUGAGAGCGGGGCGGCAGCAGGAGAUCCCAGCAGCAGAGCAGCUCAGCAGCACUGGCCUCUUCGUAUUUUCUUUUUCCUUAAGUAAAUCCAGGGAAAUGAAAUGCCAAAGCUGAUGUUAAUGCAGUGAUGAAGUCAGGAAAUUCCACAAGUUCAGGGAGCCGAACUCUUCAGUGGCGUGUACCCCCCACUAUCUUGGCGGGGCAAAGUCCCAGGGCUUUUGCUUCACAUUUUGGGCAGAUUGGCUGCUCUGGCUCCCUAGCAGAUAGGCGCCACUUCCUCCUGUUUGCUCUCAAGCUGUCUGGUAAGUUCUCCAGGCUGUGCAGCCUGGCUGGGUCAAUGCUGCGGAGAAGACUGUACUGAUGGGCCUUGCUGUCAUGGGAGUGUUUGUUUGCUGUCCCCAUGAGGCUGUGUUAACAUUUGAUUGGAGGGACAGAGCAGAUUCUCAGGGAAAAGGCUUUGCUCGGAGGGCGCGAAGGCUGAAAGUGCCUGUAGGUGACUCAGUAAAGAUUGGCGAUUUCAGAAAGCAGACGGGAGCAAGUUCGUUAGGAUGGAUUGUCUUGCUGUAGCACCCAGGGCCCCGGACAGGAUCUGGCCCUGUCGUGGCUGCAUUGGCUAUGCCCUCAAGAGGUGGCAGACUGAAAAGAUAGGAAAUUGACAAAAGCGGGUAGACUAGGGCUCCAAAGGCAAGCAAAUGGGUUGGAUGAGGGACUCCAGCAGUGCCCUACCCACAGAUCUGUAUUCACUGAUCUAAAAUUCUUUAACCACCCCCUCUUUCCCCUGACCCCUCUCUGGGGCUUGGAGCUACCUCCAGUCACUGCCUGCUCUCAGCUUUCCCCUGACGAUUCGCUGUGAUGCCAUUAGCACUGACACUAGGGCAGGGCUAUGUGCAACCUUCCCCGCUGGGCCUCCUGACCAUCCCCGGAGUCCUGCGAGCCUUCGGAGUUCAGAGCUGGCUGGAGAGCAGCUUCUCUCUGGAGCCACUAAUAGGGAGAGCACAGUGAGCAGGGGACCUGGGUCUAACUGCGGGAGGGUGAGUGGUGAGUUCACGGGGCAGUAGCUGGUGGGUUCCAGGCGUGUGUGGCAGUGACACGGGAAGUGGGGGGCGGUGAGUGCAGAGGUGCUGAACAUGAAGGGAGCAGUGGAGUGGGGGAGUGAGGGCAGGGCAUGUAAAUAAAUGUGCUCUUAGCUACUGUGAGGGCAGUCUGGGAUAACCUUUUGGAAUGUGGCCCUGAGGUUUUUGGAAUGCUGGAAGAAGCGUUUUGAAAACCAGUUUCUUGAUUACAAUAAUUAGUUGGCUUUUGUUUACCCAAUUUCUGUGCAUUAUUUUGAUUUUGAAUGAUGACUUGAACAUGCAGGUGAUUCAAGUCUGUGGGGGCGUGAGGGGCCCAAAUAAGAUCCAGAUGGUCAUGAAAUUCCAGUCGUGCCCUUGCAUGCCCACUGCUGCUGUGCCCCAGUGCUGUGAGCUGCCCCCUUGCUUCAUAUCACACGCUGGGAGGCUCAGUGUUUGAGCUAACCUAAUGCAGGAGGAAACCAGCCAGAGCACCAGGGAAGAUGCCAUUAAAAAGAUAGGCCAGGCCAGGGCCAGGUUGACAGACCCUAUUGACAAAGCCCUACAUGCGUCGGGGAGCCUAUUCCCCACCUCCUCCCCUCCUGCAUCCUGGUGAAAAACUGUUAUAUCAUACCACUGUCUCCACCACUCAGGGUGGGACCCUGCUGACCAACAGCCUGUCCCAGUGAUGUCCCGCCAGAGUGCCCACAGCAGGAUGGCUGCCCCGGGGCCCCAGCCUGGAAGGUAACGUCUGCCUGAGACAUCCCUCAGGGAUGUCUGCCUGAGACAUCCCUCCAGCCUUGUCACUCCCAUGGGGCCUGCGGCUCUCCCUGCCUGUUCCUGAGGCUGUUGGUCACUGCACCAGGACCAGGAGUCAAGACAGGCACUGACAUUCCCUCUGCUCCCCUGAGGACAUGGCGGCUGGGGAAUGGAUUCUUCCUCUCUCUUCCCCCGCCGCUCCCACUGCUCGUCUGAUCUCUCUUCCUUUUUGCCUGCACCUUCUGCCUGCUCCUCCUGAGCCCGCCCCCAGCAUCACCUGCCACGGGCAGCAUCCGGUGGCACCUUUGGGGAACUCUAACUGAGCGGGGCCCCUGGCUGUGAGAGCCAUUAUCUCUGGCACUGGGGGUGUAGAAGCCCCUGAGACCAGGCCUGUGAGCUGCUGUUCUGUGGGGUCAGCACAGUGAGGGGCACUGGGCUGAUGGGCCCCCAGCAGGUGGGGGCUGCAGUCCACCCUAACUGCAAUGUAGGCACGGGGGCCUGGACCACGGUCAUCAGCUGGUGUCUGUGGAGCUGGGGGCAGCCCUAGGUGGGAGGGGCAUUUAGCUGAUGUUGGUGUGUCGAGCUGCAGCGAGGUGUCCAGGAGCGCCCUGGCUGGGGCUGAUUUGACCCACUGGAUGGAGGGAGAGGUGGUGGCAAUGGCUGUGUCUUCCCACCAAUGUCCCCUCCUCUCGCCAGGGCUGGGAUUGGGCCAGGUGCUGUCAUUCAGACAGGCAGGGCAGUGGGGAGGAGGGCCUCCUGGCCAGAUGGGCUUGUGAGGGACUGGGGAGCUGCAAUGGCUGGUGUGGUCCUGCUCAGAGCUCAGCUGGGCUGUUGGGCUGCCGGGCAAGAGGCUGAUCUGGCCUGAUGGGUGGGGUGAGCUUGCACCCGUCCCCUGCAGGCCUGGAAGGGGCAGGUGGGCACUGGCAGAGGGGGUGGGAGGUUGACCAGGCAGAACUUCAGGUGGGAAGGGAUGGGAACACCAGCAGCCUGCCUAGGCCUGUUGCACAGGUAGGAGAUAGGAUGGGGGGCAGGAUGCAGCUGGGAAAGGGAAGAAGAGAGAGAUGAGAGUGCAGGGGGAUAAGGGUAAGGAUGGCAGCGGGAUGGGGAGGGGGCUGAGGGGACUCCCUGGGACCUUUGGAGGGGCUGGAGAGGGGACUUGGCAUGUGAGAGAGUUAAUGCAGUGAGGGCAGGAGAAUGAGCGGCAGGGCCAGAUGCAAUAGGCAGGAGUCAGGGUCUGGCUGACUGACACAUGAGGGAGGGGCAGAGAGCAGGGCAGUGGGAGGGAGGAAGGAAGGAAGGACAUUAUUGUGAGGCUCUCACCCUCCCUGUUGCUUGUGGCAGGACCAGUCCUGUUCCCCUCUGUGACAAUGCGGUUCUGGCGGAACCCAACUGAGAGCGCCAACUCAGGACAAAUUGCUAAAAUAGGGCAGUUACAGCCCAAGGCUGGGGUUUUUCCACCUCUAAGGCAAACCAAACCAGCCAGACUAAGACUUCGGUCUCACUCCACUGGCUAACCGCAAGUCUCACAAGCAAUCUCCUUAGACACUCCAGUUUCCCAGUAUUACCACCAGUGCCACACGUUAUGGGGACAAAUGGUUAUAAAAACCAAUACCCCAGUAAAAGAAAAAGGUUCUCCUGAUCCCAAAGGACCAAGCCCCAGACCCAGGUCAAUAUACAAGUCAGACCUUACCCAUAAAUCACGCUGUUGCCAAUCCUUUAGAAUCUAAAAUCUAAAGGUUUAUUCAUAAAAGGAAAAAGAUAGAGAUGAGAGUUAGAAUUGGUUAAAUGGAAUCAAUUACAUACAGUAAUGGCAAAGUUCUUGGUUCAGGCUUGCAGCAGCGAUGGAAUAAACUGCAGGUUCAAAUCAAGUCUCUGGAAUACAUCCCCAGCUGGGAUGGGUCAUUCAGUCUUUGUUCAGAGCUUCAGUUUGUAGCAAAGUUCCUCCAGAGGUAAGAAGCAGGAUUGAAGACCAGAUGGAGAUCAGGCAUCAGCCUUAUAUAGUCUUUUCCAGGUGUAAGAACACCUCUUUGUUCUUACUGUGGAAAAUUACAGCAAAAUGGAGUCUGGAGUCACAUGGGCCAGUCCCUGCAUACUUUGCUGAGGUACAAGGCGUAUCUGCCUUCUCUCAAUGGGUCCAUUGUAUAGCUGAUGGUCCUUAAUGGGCCAUCAAGCAGGCUAGGCAGAGCUAAUCUCAGCUUGUCUGGGAUGUCACCCAGAAGCAUAGCAUAAGUUUGCCAUACAGACAGUAUAGAGCCAAUAUUCAUAACUUCGACUACAAAACUGAUACACACAUAUAGACAGCAUAAUCAUAACCAGUAAACCAUAACCUUGUCCUAGACACCCCAUUUGACCCCCUUUAUACAAGAUUUGGGUGCCACUACAGGACCUUGGUUGCAACAAUGAUCUAUAUGGUCCCAGUUUAUGUCAAUAACGUCACACCCUCUCCUCUCCUUGCCCCAGACCUGCUCUGCACAGCUCAGGUAGGAGCAGGAACAGCUGUGCCCCUGGGAGUCACUCUUGGGAGUCAUGGCACUGGGACACCCCCUCAGGGACUAGGUGCCUUCAGGCAGGCAGGCAGCUGGCUUACUUGGCCUGCUUCCAACUCAUCCUUUUUCUCAAGUAUCAGAGGGGUAGCCGUGUUAGUGUGGAUCUAUAAAAGCAGCAAAGAGUCCUGUGACACCUUAUAGACUAACAGACAUAUUGGAGCAUGACCCAUUUCGUGGGUGAAUACUCACUUCGUCUGAUGCAUGAGUGAUCCUUUUUCUCAUCACUCUGGUCUGCUCCCGCUCAGGAUGGGGGUAGGGACAAGGUGGUGGCUGCUGCUGGUUCUGAGAGCAGCCCCUUCUCUUGGGGGUCUUUGAAAGGCCUGUAGCCAGUGGCGUGAAGCAAUGUGAAGGGGCAUUGCUGGAAGGCCCCAGCAUGCAUCUCACAGGUGUCCCAGAGCUGGGCUGCAACUCUUUCCAGCCUUCUGCUGUGCCCUGGGCCCUGGAACUGUACAGCUGUAAAUUCUCCUCCUCCCAACUCCACGCUGCCCAGGAACCUCCUCUCCAGCCUCACAUUGUGGUUGUGGGUCUUGGCUGGGGAUAGAGAUAGAUCUAUUUUUUGUCCUUUCCUUUCCUACAACUGUUGUGUUACUAACUGUGUAUUCAGUCUAUCUGGGAAGCCAGUCUGUCAGUGUAAGUGCACUUAACCCCUGGAUGGUGUUUGUCUAUUGGCUUUUGCUAAAUAAAUCUUUCAAUUUCUCAAGGC